CCUCCACGUGUGUACGACAGCUGAGCCGGCGCGGAAUACGGCAGAGAAGCGGGAAAUCUGUCUGUGGAGAAGGAAAGCGAAGAGAGCAAGAAAAGCGCGCGGAGAAGGAGAAGGAGGAGACAUUGAAUUGGGCCUGGCCUUAAUUUAGGAAGGCUCUCAACGUCCCCAAAAGGGACCAGGCCCCAAAGGAGAACCUGUGGAGGCAGAAGAGGGAGGGAUCCAGUCCAGUGGCCUUGGAAGCUGAAGGGAGCAGGGAAAGCUCAUUUUGCUUUUAACAACGGCUCCGCUAUGUCUUGGCCGGCUGGGACUUGGGCCCGGCUCUCAGGAUGAUCCCUUCAUCUCUGCUCUUUGUCCGUUAUGGAGUCAGGUUGAUCUCCCGCUCCUGGAAACGUUGCUUCUGUCAGUCUGCUGAGGGGGACAUGACAUUCCGGAACAUCCAAAAGGUUCUCUGUGUGGCAGAGAAAAACGAUGCGGCUCGGGGGAUCGCAGACAUCCUUUCCAACAGCAGGAUGCGAAGGAGAGAAGGGUUUUCUAAAUUCAACAAAAUCUAUGAAUGCCAAUAUCACCUGCUUGGUCAGAAUGUAACCGUAGUGAUGACGUCUGUGUCGGGACACUUGCUGGCUCAUGAUUUCAAGCUGCCGUUUCGAAAAUGGCACAGCUGCAACCCACUUGUCCUCUUUGAUGCUGAAAUUGAGAAGUUCUGCCCUGAAAACUACUUGGACAUCAAGCGAACUCUGGAGCGGGAAGUGCAGCAAUGCCAGGCGCUGGUGAUUUGGACCGAUUGCGAUCGCGAAGGGGAGAACAUCGGCUUUGAAGUCAUUGACGUUUGCAAGGCAGUGAAGCCAAGCCUUCAGGUUUUCCGUGCCCGCUUCUCUGAGAUCACGCCUCACGCCAUAAGAACCGCCUGCGAGAACCUCACUCAGCCUGAUCAGAAUGUAAACGAUGCUGUGGACGUCCGGCAAGAGCUGGAUCUCAGAAUAGGUGCUGCCUUCACCCGAUUUCAGACCAUGAGACUCCAGAAGAUUUUUCCGGAGGUUCUGGCAGAGCAGCUGAUCAGCUACGGAAGCUGCCAGUUCCCAACCCUGGGCUUUGUGGUGGAAAGAUUCAAAGCCAUCCAGGCAUUUGUGGCUGAGACCUUCUACAAAAUUAAAGUGACACAUGACCACGAAGAGGGCACCGUGGACUUCAGCUGGAAGAGGAACCGCCUCUUCAACCACACAGCAUGCCUCAUCCUUUACCAGAUGUGCAUGGAGGAUCCAUUGGCCACCGUUGUGGAAGUUGGGAGCAGACCAAAAAGCAAAUGGAGACCCUUGCCUCUGGAUACUGUGGAACUCGAGAAACUGGCUUCCCGCAAACUGAAAAUAAAUGCCAAGGAGACAAUGAAAAUUGCUGAGAAGCUCUACACUCAGGGGUAUAUAAGUUAUCCUCGAACAGAAACCAACAUUUUCCCAAAAGACUUAAACCUCCCCAACCUGGUGCAGCUCCAGACACCGGACCCUCGCUGGGGCGCCUUUGCGCAAAGGAUUCUGGACCAAGGUGGGCCGACCCCCCGGAGCGGAACCAAGUCUGACCAGGCCCACCCCCCCAUCCACCCCACAAAACACGCCACCAAUUUGCAGGGGAACGACCAGCGGCUCUACGAGUUCAUUGUGCGGCACUUUCUGGCCUGCUGCUCACAAGACGCAAAGGGCCAGGAGACGACGGUGGAGAUUGACGUGGCGAAUGAACGCUUCGUGGCCCAUGGCUUGAUGAUCCUGGCCAGAAAUUAUUUGGAGGUCUACCCUUACGAGAAGUGGAGCGACAAGGUGAUCCCGGUUUAUGAGAAAGGGUCACGCUUCCAGCCCUCUACUGUGGAGAUGGUCGAGGGGGAGACUAGUCCACCCCAGUUGCUGACAGAAGCCGACCUCAUUUCCCUGAUGGAGAAACAUGGCAUUGGGACGGACGCCACUCAUGCUGAACACAUCGAGACCAUCAAGUCGCGCAUGUAUGUGGGGCUCACUCCGGACCAGAGGUUCGUCCCAGGGGAACUGGGCAUGGGGCUGGUCGAAGGCUAUGACUCCAUGGGCUACGAAAUGUCCAAGCCGGACCUCCGAGCUGAACUCGAGCACGACCUGAAGCUUAUCUGCGAAGGGAAGAAGGGCAAGGCGGUUGUGCUGCGGGAGCAGGUCCAGAAGUACAAGCGGGUCUUUAUUGAGGCUGUGCAGAAAGCAAAGAAGCUGGAUGAGGCCCUGGCUCAGUAUUUUGGGCAAGGGGCUCCUCUCACCCAGGAGGAAGAAAUCUACCCCGCCCUGCCGGACCCCGUGAGGAAGUGCCCCCAGUGCAACAGCGACAUGGUCUUGAAAACCAAGAAGAGCGGCGGGUUUUACCUCAGCUGCCUGGGCUAUCCGUCCUGUAAAUCGGCCGUCUGGUUUCCCGAUUCAGUGCUGGAGGUCAGCAAAGAUGACUCCGUUUGCGAUGUGUGUAGGCCGCAUCCAGUGCACAGGUUGAAGCUGAAGUUCAAGCGGGGCGGCCUCCCUCCCAUGAUGCCCCUGGAGUUUGUCGGCUGCAUCGGAGGCUGCGACGAAACCUUAAGGGAAGUCCUGGACUUGAGAUACCUCCAAGGGCCGCCCCGACCCGCCUCUCAGCCGGCCAACCGCUUGGUCAGCCCUUUGCAGGCCAACCACUCCCUGAACCACAUGACUGGAAACAGCAACAACCACCAAGGUGUCUCCGCUCCUCCUUCCAGGCCAAAUCGGACUGCGGCCUCCGAGGACAAUAAUGCGGUGGUCUGCAACUGCGGAGAGGAAGCCCUGUUCCUCACUGUCCGAAAGGAGGGCCCCAACCAAGGCCGACAGUUCUACAAAUGCCGUUCCGGGGGCUGCGGCUUCUUCCUCUGGGCCGACCAGCAGCCCGACAGUGCGGUUUCCAAUGUACCCAGUGGGUUUGGACCUUUUGAUCCCUCACAGAGAGGGGAAAGGGGUGCCGCACGUUCCUGGAGCGAAGGAGGAGGAGGAGGCGGCACAGCCGUCUGCAAGUGUGGGCAACCUGCCAUCACCAGGACGGUUCAGCGUGAAGGGGCCAACAAAGGGCGCCAGUUCCACACUUGUGCCAAGCCCCGGGAGCAGCAAUGUGGCUUUUUCCAGUGGACAGACGAGAACGUGGUGCCAGGCUUCCCUUCCAGCCACUUCACGGGAGAAGGCACCACAAGGGGAUUGGGAACCAAAACGAAGCGGUCAGACAGCGAUCCCGGCCUGAGGGCCCCGACAACAAAGAGAUCCCGGACUUGUGGGGUCUGCCACCAACCAGGCCACACGAGGAAGACCUGUCCUCAGAACCGCUGACCAUCACACCCCAAAGCAUUCUUGCAGGACGAUGAGAGAGAAAAGAGUGGAUGCACUACAACAUGUUUGCCAGCCUUUGCAAGCUUUUUGACUUUUGUAGAAUGCUCUCAGAAGAUUGGAUCUGAUUUCCAGAAUCCGAGUAAACUCAAGGCCUGUGUUCUUCAUCUCGGUGCGAUCAAACUAUGGACUGAGUUGAGAAGGACUUCACCCUCCCCAUAACAGAUGCCUCCUAUGUAAUAAUCAACACCUCUCCCUUCUUCUUCCAGUUAAAUAUUUCCCUUUCCUCAGAGCUGUCUAUAUCAUAGAAUGGCUGCACCUCGGAGUGGGGCAAAUACUUUGGAGAGAGCUUUGGACAGAAAUACUCAGCCGCAAGUGCCUUGUUUCUGGGUUGGCCUUGAAUAAUACACUUGAAUGGACAAGAGAAAUUAUUCUGAGGUUUUCUGACUUCUGCAUACUCUGAGGAGGCGGCAAAAUUAAAGCCACUUCACAUUGUACAUUUGCUGGAACAUAGCUGCGAUCUGAAGCUUCUUGUACAUUUUUUGGAGAUUUCCUUGGAGUAUAUUCACAGUAUUUUUGCUACUGCCAGCGUCUGCACUGAGCUGUACUCAGCCUUUCCUGUAUCUCUUCUGGACACACAUUACUUCCCUCCUGACAACAGCUGUUUUUACAAGAGGAGGAAUAUUUUGAUAUAUUUACUCAGUUUAACCUCACUUUAAAUAGAAUUGUGGCCACAUCCUUUCGACUUCAGGACGCUGCUGCUGCUGCCUCGUACCUAGGCAAUUUAGGUAAUGUAUUUGUCCUUUUAAGAUUAAAAUAUUUUUUUAGCCGGA